CAGACGGAUUUUUCCGGCUCGAACGUUUCGAAUCCAUCGAGUUUCCUAUCUACAGUUAAAUUCAGACCGGCCAUCUUUCUUCUGCCGAAAUCUUUUCUUUUCUUGUUCUUUUAAUCGCGUAUCAUAAUGGCGGAGGUUGACGAAACUCUUAAGAAGAAAAGGACCUUCAGGAAGUUCACCUUUCGAGGUGUUGACCUGGAUCAACUCCUGGACAUGCCCAAUGAGCAGUUGAUGGAGUUGAUGCAUGCACGUGCACGUAGGCGUUUCUCUCAUGGAUUGAAGCGUAAACCAAUGGCAUUGGUUAAAAAAUUGCGUAAGGCGAAAAAAGAGGCUCCUCAAAAUGAGAAGCCAGAAAUCGUCAAAACUCAUCUGCGUAACAUGAUCAUCGUUCCCGAGAUGGUCGGAUCCAUUGUCGGAGUUUACAAUGGAAAAACUUUCAACCAGGUGGAAAUCAAACCAGAAAUGAUUGGACAUUAUCUUGGCGAAUUCUCCGUCACGUAUAAACCAGUAAAGCACGGUAGACCCGGUAUCGGUGCUACCCACUCUUCCCGUUUUAUUCCUCUGAAGUAAUUUAUCGUACUUGGUUAAUAAAAAAGAGACAAAAGUA